GAACAGCUGUAAACAAUCAGAUGUAUUCUCACACACCACCUCUUCUGCCGCCCAAGCCAUCAGGAAGUCACGAGGUGACACACAUAAACACAGCGGAAACCUCGCCGUCGCCGCGGCCCCCCGAACGUCCGGAGACAGGGGGUCCCGGUGCCGAUGGCUUUCAACAAGGUGGCUUGACCCACAACGGGCAAACCAUCUCGGACCCCGGCGAGCAAUGGUUGCCCAAGUUUCUCCAAGACAAGGCCAAGCAAGACGAUCUCGCCGUGAUCCUCUCCAACCCAUCGCUUCUCUCCGCCUUGACACACUCACCGGAAACCAUCCACCCCUCUUUACAGGCGUCACACGACACAUUGCAGUCUGCGCUGGCUGAGAACGUCCAGCGAGCUGCUCAGCUGCUGAAUCUCGAGGCACGCCUUGCCAACCAACGAUCAUCGACUCAAGCUCAGCUUCUGUCGACCCACGCCCUCGAACGCCAAUGGCGGGCCAAACAAGCCGAGAUGGACCAUGCCCUUACCCCCUUUGCCCCGGUACGGCUGUACCAACGGCUCAGCCAGGGAUUGCAGGAGCAAGAGGCCGUGUGUUGUGCUCUCGAGGAAAGUUUUCUCGAUAGUGGUGGCGAUGGCACGCCUGCGUCGGAGCGAGAGGCCAGCGACUGGGUCAGGAAAUAUAGGGAGGCCAAGAAGCUAUACUACCUGCGACAGGAACGCAAGGAGAGAUGGGACGAGGGGAGGGUUGGUGGAUGGCGCUGAUGAAUGAUGAUGUGAUCAUGAAACGACGAAUGCAUCUCUGUCCCCGUCUGGACCGUGAGCGCUGAUUGUCAACUGGCACGCUGGAAAGAUACAAGCAACCCGAUGACCCAAAGCAACCCAACGCUGUGUCUCGUUGAAAGGCAUCUCCAGCCAUGCUAUGAAGGUGUGGUAACUGAGAUGUUGGGGCUCAAGAAGCUCUAGUUGCUCGGCUUUCUCACAGGUGCGUUCCUUUCGGCACUUUUCUCAUUACCAGUCAUGCGAAACGGAUCUUAUAAAGACGUAUAUCCGGGUCAUAGCCACCUACUACUACAAAGAAGACCAACAACGAGUUCAAUGGAUAUGUGUGGUUUCUGGAAACUUGCAGAUCUCCCCCCUGAGACGAGAAACUAACUGGAACGCCCUGACUGUCACAACUAAAUGCCCCUUGGCCUUACCUGGGAGGUUUCUUCGAACUACUCAGGCUGCCAGUCAACCGCAACGGAAAGUAAAGAAGAAAAGCAGGAAGAAGGGGGGCACACGAGACCUUGCAAGGAAAAGGUACGACUCAUAUUUGCAAGGGAACAACGAACCACUCGUCCUUAACGGUACCAUCGAGUUUAAAGUUCACUCGUGCUAUGAUGGUGCUCCGUGGAUGAGUUCCACCACCCACAAGGAAAUGGUCAGGCAUUGGCAACCCGAAUCAGCAGAUGUUGGGACACUCAUACCUGCCAUAGUCGGAGAGAGAAUCGUGGUCAGCAG